GCGUCCCACAGCGACACACAACAACAAACGAGAGGGAGGCAGCAGCUGGGAGAGCAGGAGACACACUGCGUAAAGUGGGGGAAAGAGGGGGGAGAGAAAGAGAGAGAUUGGGGGGGAGCUUUUCUUACAUAAACGAGGGGGUGCUCCGCCGCAGAGAAGGACGACUGACGGAGAGGAAAUCUGCUCCAAAUGGCCAAACCGCAGGAGGUGGAGCGCAUCGCCAAAAAGCUGGAUAAAAUGGUGCACGUGAAGGACACGGACGGAGCUCUCGACCUGCUGAAGGAACUAAAGGACAUGAAGAUAUCUCUGGAGACCCUGCAGUCCACCAGAGUUGGGAUGUCGGUGAACGCGGUGAGGAAACACAGUUCAGAUGAAGAAGUUCAGACUUUGGCCAAAGCUCUCAUCAAGUCCUGGAAGAAACUGCUGGACGGUUCAGGGGAGAAGUCGGACGAGAAGGAGAAAAAGAAAGAAGGCUCUCCUGUGAGGCCGUCGUCCACGUCCAAGGAGUCCGGCAGCAGCGAGAAAAGUAUGAAGUCCGUGGAGUCCCUCGGCACACCCACCUCUCCCUCGGUGCCCGCCGCACCCGCCGCGCUUCCCCCCCCCACGACCUCGACCCCUCCCCCUCAGAUUGCCUCGUUCCCCCCGGCCCCCGUCACCACCCACGUGGUGCGCAACAAGUGUCGAGAGCUGCUGGUGGCCGCGCUGCAGACGGAUGAUGACCACAAGACCAUCGGUGUCCACUGUGAAAAUCUCGCAGCCCAAAUUGAAGAGGAGAUCUUCCAGGAGUUUAAGACGACCGAUAUCAAGUAUAAGACCCGUCUGCGAAGCCGCAUCUCCAACCUCAAGGACCAGAAGAAUCCCGACCUGCGGCGCAACGUACUGUGUGGGAACAUCUCUGCUCGGCGCAUCGCCUCCAUGACUGCUGAGGAGAUGGCGAGUGCAGAGCUGAAGCAAAAGAGACAGGAUCUGACAAAAGAGUCCAUCAGAGAGCAUCAGCUGUCCAAGGUCGGUGGCACUGAGACGGACAUGUUCAUCUGCAGCAAGUGUCAUGGAAAGAACUGCUCGUACACACAAGUGCAGAUCCGCAGUGCUGACGAGCCGAUGACCACCUUCGUGCUGUGUAACAACUGUGGCAACAGAUGGAAGUUCUGUUGAAGAAGAGAGUUUGAGCGUGUGUGUGUGUGUGUGCGUUUGUGUGUGAGUAUUACUCCAUCAUGAAGCAAACUGACUAAAGUGAAUUGACUGUAAAACAAUUUAUUUAGUUUUCCUUUUUCAUGUAUAUAAAGUGAAAGCUGGUAUAUAUUUAGAGAAGAACAUGCUAGCUCAUGUUGCGUUUUUGGUUUCAUUUGUUUUGCGCACUUAGAAGAAUGAAUUUCUUGAGCUAGAUGAAGCUUUAAGCAAUGUUAAAAUAACAUUUAGGCUUAAUGGAAAUAGCGGAUGUGCCUUUCUU